UUGAAAUAGUGAAGCUGUUCUGACUAGAUCAUAUUUUUGUGUUUGUAGUGGAUGAAAUCUGUAAUUGUAACUUGAAAUAUGAUUAAUUUGAACCUGGAUACAGUGCUUUGAUUUUUGCGACACACUUUAACGGUUAGCUUAUAGUGUUUUUUUAUCAAAUAUGCGUUCGGUAAGUUAUGUCCAGAGAGUGAGUUUAGGCUUCUCAGGAACACUUUUUCCACACGCUAUUUGUCUUGGGGAUGCAGAUAACGACUCGUUAAAUGAGCUGGUGGUGGGUGACACGAGUGGGAAGCUAUACAUCUAAAAAAAUGACGAUCCUAAACCCUGGAUUACUCGAACAUGUGUGGGCAUGUUAACUUGUGUGGGAGUGGGAGAUAUUUGCAACAAAGGAAGGAACUUUGUUGUGGCCGUGGGUGCCGAAGGCUGGUUUCAUCUCUUCGAUAUCAAUGCUUCUGCAGCCAAGUCUGAUUCCUCAAGCCAGCAGGACGGUUCGGUUGGAGAUGAGCAAAAGCACAGUUUCACCCAGCACAUUCCUGCCAACACCAAAGUGAUGCUGAUCAGUGAUAUCGAUGGAGAUGGACGCUGUGAGCUUGUCGUCGGCUAUACGGACCGUGUGGUGCGGGCAUUCCGUUGGGAGGAGCCUCCCGAUGCUUCAGACAUGAGCGCUGGUCAGCUGGUACUAUUGAAAAAGUGGCUUUUGGAAGGACAGGUUGACAGUCUUUCAGUAAACCCAAGUCCAGAAGGUCUUCCUGAGCUCAUGGUGUCUCAGCCUGGCUGUGGAUAUGCUAUACUAACAUGCUCUUGGACACAAGAGGGCGCUUCAGGACCUGGGGAUGAAAACACAGCCAAUCCUAGCAGGGAAGGUUCCUCUAGAGAUGUUGUCCUUCAUCUUACCACCGGACGCAUCCAUAACAAGAACGUGUCCACUCAUUUGAUAGGCAGCAUUAGCAGAGGUUCUGAAGACGAUUCAUCUAAAGGUGGUCUGUUUGCUCUUUGCACUCUGGAUGGAACUAUUAAACUGUUGGACAGCUCUGAGAAUCUCCUGUGGUCCGUACAGGUGGACCACCAGCUCUUUGCCCUUCAGAAGCUGGAUGUUACUGGAUCCUAUUCAUUUUAUUGGGCAAUUCUCCCGGAAAACCACGCCCACGGCAAGGCAAAAGAAAUAGCCCACCCACGCACCAACCGACGAGCGAUAGGAAGACCUGCUUAUCAAGAUUGGCUGCGCUGUGGGCCUGCAGCUGCAGCUCGUUACUCUUGCAUAGUGAGAGAAGUUGAGGUGUGUUUGUUUGCCCAUGGCAUUUCAGUGAUGAAUGUUAUAUAAAUGGUAGAUAUAACGCUGGAUUUGGAGAUCGUUUGAAACUGAUAGAUGGCGCGGUCCCAGUGCUAAAAGAUGCCGGACAUGAACUGCACGCGGUAAGUCAAACUAAGUCAUAUGUCUGUGUUUUGUUGGAAAUUGGCGCGUACGUGCAUAAUGUAAACAACACGAAGGGAUAAUGCAAUGAUGUAUUGUGUGGUCGUGCUGUAGUUCCGUCCCCCUGCCUGCCUCCAGCAGCUCGUCUUUUUCCGGAAAAUCGUACAGCUGUAUCUCUUUUAUAAAUUUGAUCAAACUAAAUACUCUUCGAAGUUACGACGUAUGCAAUACUACUGUAUAGGCACUCAAGAUUAAUAUGAGAUCGGCAGAAACUGCGUGUGUUAUCCCAUCUUUAACAACAACUUGACUUCUUUAUUGGAGGUAACAGAAUUUAAAGUCAGUUUAAGUCCCAAAGUACAUUAUGUGAUGUGUAUUUGUGUUUGGCAUCUGUUUGUGUUAUGUGUAAGUGUGC